AUGGACUCCCUCGCUUUUUAUCUCCUCCUCCUUGUCUCGCUAACCGCCGUCGCUAUCCCUCCGACGACCUCCGCCACGACGAUCGGGGUCACCUACUCGACUCCAGACUCCAUCUCAGGUUCCGUCAUACUCUCACCGGACAGAAUCGCCGAGAAGAUUGUUUCCAUGAAGAUUCCGGCGGUGAGGCUUCUGGAUUUUAAUCCGGAGAUGAUUCGCGCCUUCGCCGACACGAACGUCUCUCUCUUCCUCUCCGUUCCCAAUCCUCUGGUUCCACUCCUCGCUUCCGAUCGUUCCAUCGCGAAGGCCUGGGUCUAUCGCCACGUGCUUCCCUUCUACCCUCGCACCAACAUCUCAAUCAUCUCCGUCGGAAACGACGCGAUCUCAGACUCGCCGGACGUUUCGCCGUCCCUACUCCGGGCGAUGCAGAACGUUCGCCGAUCCCUCAAGGAUCUGGGAAUCUACAAGAUAUCGGUAUCCACUACCUUCUCUUUCUUCAACAUCGUCCCCGCCGCUUUCAUUCCUUCGGCGGCGCAGUUCCAAAAACCUACCGGAGAUGUGAUUAUCAGGCCGAUUUUGCAAUUCCUUGAACGAACCAACUCAUCGUUCCUGAUCAAUCUCUAUCCCUACAAUGUCUACCGAUCCAGCUUCCCAAUUUCAAUGGGAUUUGCUCUUUUUGUGGAGUCUCCUUUCGGUUACAAAAGCGACCUCAAUACCGGAGUUAGAUACCGUAAUCUCUUCGAUAUGAUGGUCGACGCUGUGUUCAGCUCCAUGGCUGCGAUGGGCCACGAGAAACUUCCCUUGAUUGUGGCGGAGACCGGCUGGCUUACCUCCGGAGCCCGUGCCGAAGGUAUUUCGGAGGUUUACGUCUUUGAGCUUGUUGAGGAAGAAGGCAAGCAAGGGAUAGGGAAUCGGGGACUUUUGCAUCACAACAUGACGACAAGCAAGUACAGCUUCGAGCCCUCGGAUGAUGAUUCCAAGAUUGAAGCAGUCCCUGAAGAUUCAAACAGCUUUUGGUUGGGUUGUUUCUUGUUCUUUGUGGAGGUGGUGGUGCUGUAUUUGAUGGGUUGA